UAAUGCUUUACUGUGUACUUCGCCUUUGCUCAACCCCUAUAAAUCACCAUGCUAACCAAGAAAAAUCUCUUCAAACUCAUAGUUCAUCUGAAAACAAAGUUCACUCACCUACAUUUUAUGCUAAUGGCCAUCGUAACAUCUCAAACCGUGCUUCAGCUCGUAGUAGACAGUACUGUAUCCCACACCAGCAGCAUCGAUUCUACCCAUCAAAUUCAAUGUAGCAGCCUCUCAACCAUUGUUGCUCGGCGUAUCAAGGAAUCAUUCACCACCGUCUUAACCAAAUUCCAUGCUGGUUAUUUUAGGGUAAGCCUAUCUUUGGGUGGCCAAGCUUUAUUAUGGAAGACGUUAAUAGGGCCAACCGAUAAUAAAAGCACUUUUAGACUUGCCCUCCAUACGUUUCAUCCCAGAGCUUUUACUCUACUCUGGUCUUUCGCACUCGUUACUCUUGUUUUGCUUUCCAUUCUUUACCUUUUGAGGUGUUUAUUUUACUUUAAGAUGGUGAAAGACGAGUUCUUGCACCAUGUAGGGAUCAACUACCUAUUUGCUCCAUCCAUUUCUUGGCUUCUUUUGCUUCAAUCAGCACCUUUCUUUUGCUUCAACAACCCAUACACAUACGUAGUUGUCUGGUUGGUUUUUGCGGUUCCUAUCGUGGUGCUCGACGUUAAAAUCUAUGGCCAAUGGUUUACUAAGGGCAAAAAGAUUUUGUCAGCGAUUGCAAAUCCGACGAGUCAUUUGUCAGUUAUAGCGAACCUGGUCGGUGCACAAGCGGCGGCAAAUAUGGGGUGGAAUGAGAGUGCCAUUUGCUUUUUCUCACUAGGGAUGGUGCAUUAUUUGGUGCUCUUCGUGACGCUAUACCAGCGUUUUUCAGGCACCGACCUGCUUCCAACGAUGUUAAGGCCGGCUUUGUUCUUGUACUUCGCAGCACCCAGCAUGGCGAGCUUGGCUUGGCAAUCUAUUGCUGGUUCUUUUGAUACUGCUUCAAAAAUGCUCUUCUUUCUCUCGCUCUUCCUCUUCAUGUCACUGGUUUUGAGGCCGACACUGUUUAAGAGAUCAAUGAGAAGGUUCAAUGUGGCGUGGUGGGCUUUCUCGUUUCCCUUGUCAAUGCUGGCUCUGGCUUCAAUGGAAUAUGCAGAAGAAGUGAAAAGCGACGCUGCAAAUCUCCUAAUGCUUCUUCUUUUAACAUCUUCUGUCAUCGUCUCCGUUGGUUUGAUCAUUUUCAGUCUGCUCAACACCCCCAUAUUGGUCUUACCCCACAAUUCCGAUCCUAUUUCAUGUUUGCCAACACUACGCAGCAAUUCAACAACUACAGCAAGUGUUUAAUUAGAUUAAAAGAUUAUGUGUAAAACAAUUGUAUAUACGUAUGGUAAAUGGUCUCUCAUCUCUUAUUUGAGAAAUUUAAUUUAUUUAUUAAUUACAUAAAAGAUGAUGUGUACAUCUUA